AUGGCGAAUUUUCCAGAUAAGCAGUAUGACUCAAACAACCCAUAUAACAUCAUGAUAACGUUGUCACCAUUUGACGUCGAUAGGAGUACUACGAUAAUGAUGCCAAAAGCGUUACUAGAAACCAAUUUAUUUCCUUUCAUGGAGAUAAGUACUCUCGUCCAGUUGUUACAAGUUCAAGACAAGCCAAAGAUGAUUGGAGUGUAUGAUAUUGAUACUCAAAUUACAACAUAUGUAAUCAUAAGACAAGAUGGAAAUAAUUUUAAAUUUCAUGGAUGGAAUGAUAUUCUAAAAAGAAAACAUUACAAAGCAGGCGAUACUAUUGCAUUUUGGUGGGAUCUUCGUCAUACUAGACUAAAUUUCAAACAUGUUGCUUAA